CUUUGUUUGAUUUGUCCACCAUUUUAGUUGAUUCUUUUCUCGCAAUUAAAAUUGUUAAUUCGUUUAAUCAUCUUUUAUUAUACUAAAUUGUGUAUUAAUUAAAGUAUUAUAGAUUUACCACCAUCAGUGUGACCACUUUUACCAAGCGAAAUUAAAUUUAAACCAGUGACUGUUGUCUAAUUUUUUCAACCCUAUUGUAAUUGUUUUACUUGGUUUUCUAUUGUAAAGAAAAAGGUUUACAAAUUCAACUAUGAAAUUCCAAUACAAAGAAGAACAUCCCUUUGAAAAGAGAAAGGCUGAAGGAGAAAAGAUCCGUAAAAAGUAUCCUGACCGUGUUCCCGUUAUCGUUGAAAAGGCUCCUAAAUCUCGUAUUGGUGAUCUUGACAAGAAAAAGUAUCUUGUACCAUCUGACCUUGCCGUUGGACAAUUUUAUGGACUAAUCCGGAAACGAAUCCACCUUAAGCCUGAGACAGCUCUCUAUUUCUUUGUAAACAAUGUAUUUCCCCCGUCAUCAGCAACCAUGGGAUCUUUAUACCAAGAACACCACGAAGAAGAUUUCUUCCUCUACAUUGCUUACAGUGACGAGAAUGUCUAUGGUUCUAUUUAAAGCUUCUGACCUUCAUUUUCCACCAAGAAUCACCUUCAAGCAAGACAGAAAAGAUGAUUAUUUUAUUCCAUCGUUUUCCUUUCUUCCCUCUCCCAUUCUCUCUCUUUUUUCCCUUUAAUAAUCUCUCUUACUUCACUUAAAUCUCUUUCUCUCUCUCUCUUUAUUUCCAGCUCUUUCUCUCUCCCUUUGCUUUUCUCUAUUCUCCCUUUUCUUGUCUCUCUUUCACUCACUUACUUUCUCUUUCAUUUUUUUUUCGCUUUCCCCAAGCCUUUUUUUUUCAUUUACAGACAAAAAUUUUACUAUCAUGUGUAAUAAAUGACUAAAAACUAAUCAUAAUCCAUUGCAAUGUAUUAAUUGUAACUACUCUUCGUGGUCUCAUUGUAAAUUUAUAUCAAUACAUGUCAAUUAUUCAUUAA